GCGUUUACGCCUAAGCUUGAAGCCCUAUAUGCGCUCAUUACCCACGAAUCGUAAUUAAUACGAACUUUAAUCGGUGACAGUUUAUAAAAUGUGGAAUUUGUACACUUGACUGCACUUCCCCGAUCAUGAGGCUUUUAUGGAAAUUCUUUUUGGAUACCCUCUUAAUGUUUUGCUGUAAUUGCGUGUGGUGUAUCAAAAACGUAAUGAUAGAAAUCGAUCCUCCGGUGGUUGAGCGAGGUGCAAGUGCAACCCUUCGUUGCAAUUACGAUUUGGAGGGGGAACCUUUGUACACAGUAAAAUGGUAUCGAGGCCAACGGGAAUUUUAUCGAUACACGUUAAACGAAGUACCGCCGACAAAAGUAUUUCUUUUCGAAGGAUUAAAAGUAAACCUCGAAAUGUCGGAUGAGCACCAGGUGGUUCUACAGAAUGUCGAAUUCAAUUUAUCCGGCAACUUCACUUGCGAAGUAUCUGCAGAUGGACCGAGUUUCCCGACCGAUAUGGUGUCGAGGAAUAUGUCCGUUGUAGUAAUACCGAAACAUCCCCCGACGAUAACGACGGAUAAAAGCGAAUAUACAGUAGGCGAUGUGGUUAGAGCAAACUGCACUUCGUCACCUUCAAAACCAGGAGCGACGUUAACUUUUAGCCUUAAUAAUAUGGUGGUACCCACACACAGUGAACGUAAAAUUCCGGUAGCACGAGGCCUAUGGGUCACUUGGGCUUCCACUGAAUUCAAGCUCUUUCAUUCCAAUUUCCUCGAUGGUUCAUUAUAUCUGCACUGCCUAGCACAGGUUACAGAUCUGUAUCAACACGACACCCCAUUUCUCCUGGACAAUCUCAAAGAUCCAGUUCCAGCUAGAGUAACAUCGCAAAACAGAGGAUCGUCCCAUAAAUUAGCCAUCGUCCCGAUUGUACUACAAAUGUCGUUGUUGUUAAUGUAAGCACUUGGCGUAGACAUAUUUUGUGCAUAAGUAUUUUAAUAAAAUGUGAUAAAACUA